AUGUCAGACAUCCUUCUUAGUGUAAUUGAGCUGUUGUGUGUAGAGCUCUGGCAAGAAAUCUUUGAAUAUUUCAAUUUCCAUGAUUUAUGGUACUCAUUUCGUGGUUUGAAUAGUAGAAUUGAUGCGAUUAUGGAUCAAAUAAUCUUACAUAUAGAUUUUAAGAAUGGAGAUGAUUAUAGUUAUUUCGAAAAAAAUAUUUUAUUAUCAGUUAAGAAUAUUGCUAACGUUCGAUCCUUAAAAUUACGAAGAACUAAUGAAAUCAAACAUUUUUUCUUGAUUUAUUCGCUCAGUUCAUUCACACAACUUCGUUUACUAUCAUUAACAUUAAAAUAUUCUUUUAAUGAUAAAUUAUUUCGAUUCUGGAAUCAACUAUCGUCUUUGAAAAAUCUACGCCGAUUAGAAAUUAAAUUCUGGGGUAUUACCGGACCGAAUAAUUGUAUUCAGGAAAAGGAAUAUAUUAUACGUUCAAUAUUCAAUAAAGACUAUUGUCCAUUAUUAGAAUCUCUUAUCAUAAGCACUUGUGGGAGACAAAAACAAAUACCUACAAUUCCUUUAUUGAUAAGAACAAGUAGAUCAACAAAUCUUAAACGUCUAUUCAUUGACUCGUUGACUUUUAAUGAUUUAAUAAAAUUAUUUCCUGCUCUAGCAAAUCUUCAAACAUGCUGUAUUGACUAUAAGUUAUACGCUGACGAUCAACCUGAUCCACGGGAGCCACAGAUCUUAACUACAGGCCUAAUGCUUCCUAAGUGUAUUCAGCUAAAUCUACGAUCAGUUAAUGUUAUAAUGUUUGAACAAAUCGAAUAUCUGCUACAACAAACACCGAAUUUAAAAGAACUAUUUUUGUCGGGUUGGUAUCAUAUACCUAAUGCGAAAAAAUGGGAAUUAUUACUAUCAAUCCAAUGUCCAAAAUUGAUCAAAUUUUACUUAUCAUGUCGGGGUGGCGCUUAUAAUGCUGAUUUCUACCAAGCAAUAGAUGAUUUUGCAGAAGAAUGUAACAUAACACCAUACUGGCUUACACGACACACUAUUACUGAAAUGUAUGGUUAUUUUCGUUGUCGUUUUGAAUAUUAUUGA